AUGUCCCAACACCGCACAAAAAAAGGUGCGGACACGAAGGACAAGGCAGCCUUCUUUGUAGCCAGAACUCCGCACCCCAAGCAGGCUGAAACACAGGCCCAAGAUGGCGCUGAGUCUGAUCUCCAUGCGGACCUUGUCGACGCGCAAGAGGCUGUCGCGGACACCCUGCUGACUCCGAACCUACUGCAAAAAAUGCUGGACGCAGCGGUCACGAAAAUGCAGGUAUCGUUCACAUCAGCCCUAGCAAAAAUCAACAACGAGAUUACUGACCUGGACGCACGAACCUCCCAAAUAGAGGAAAAAAUUGAAGAAUCUACCACGGCCCAAGCAGCUAUUGAAGACAGGCUAGUAGAUAUCGAAAAGAGACUGUCACUACACGAAACUAAAAUCACGGACGCAGAAGACAGGUCUCGCCGCAACAAUAUCAGGCUCAGAGGGGUCCCAGAGGACGUGGAAGCCUUCAACGGCCUUCACCAUGGAGCUGUUCCGUGCGGUCUUGCCGGACAUACCCGCUGA